UUCCACAGCUGCAGCUGACUAUAUUUGAACUUCCCCACGAAUUGCCCCCUAUGGUUCUUUCUUCGAUGUUCUAUAUCUCGGCUCGGAAUGUCGUAUUUACUUCAUCCUCGCCUCACCUUGUUUACAAAUCACACUAUUCGAAAUUUCCUAAAUCUCUUAUUAAUUUUAGAAACCUAAUUUAUUUUAAACAAUGAACUCUCAACAAAAAGAACGGGUGGUUAUUGAUGAUGUAGAUCAAGUUCUUUCACUUUUGGACGGUAAAAUUAAAAAAGAAGGGACUUCUUGUACUCAUGGACCGAGACAGAAAUGUGUUGGUUGUCUUCCUCUUGAUCCAUAUGAUGAAAAAUAUUUGGCAGAUAAAGGCAUUAAACACAUGUCCUUUCAUUCCUAUGUUCACAAACUGUCUGAUUUGCAUGGAAAGGGAACACGUUCAAAAAAUAUGCUUGAAACUUUGAAUUACAAAAUUAAUUUGGAUUGUCAUCGGCACAGGCCUUUCCCUGAAGGAAUUUGUACAGAAUGCAGACCACCUACUGUUACGCUUAGUCGACAGCCAUUUCGUCAUGUUGACAAUAUUGAAUUUGAAAAUGACUCUAUUGUUAACGAAUUUUUAAAUUUUUGGCGUAAUUCAAGUUGUCAACGUAUUGGAUUUUUAAUUGGAAAAUAUGAACAAUUUAGUGAAGUUCCAUUGGGGAUUAAAGCUGUUGUUUGCGCAAUUUAUGAACCUCUACAAAAUUCAAAUGAAAAUUCUGUUGGAUUUGAAAUUAAUGAAAAUGGGGAAGAAGAAAAUGGGGAGGAGAAGAAGAAUUUGAAUGUUAAAGUUGAUCAACUUUGUUUUUGGUUGGGAAUGAAACGUGUUGGUUGGAUUUUUACUGAUCUUUGUAGUGAAUCGAGGACAUUGGGGACUGUUAAAUGUAUUAGAAAUGAGGAUUCAUUUUUACUUUCUGCUUCUGAAUGUAUAACUGCUGGCAAUUUACAAUCACAUUUUAAAAAUGCUACAAAUUAUUGUGAUACUGGUUAUUUUGGUUCUAAAUUUGUUACUGUUGUUGCGUCAGGAAAUACUUCAAAAGGCAUCGAUUUGCAUGGAUAUCAAGUCUCCAAUCAAUGCACAGCGAUGGUUGAAGCUAAUAUUUUAUGUCCAACAAAAACACAUCCUGAAUUGGCUUGGGCUAGAGAGACGCCAAUAAACGAAAAGCAUUAUAUUACUUCUGUUCAAUAUACGGAGAAAAAUGAAAGAGGCGAAGAAGUUUUUCGUGAUGGAAGGCCUAUGCCUGUUGAAUAUUUACUUGUUGAUGUGCCGUGUGGAGUUCGAAAAGUGCUUAAUUAUACAUUCCCUCGUGGAAAAGAAGGAAAAGAAUUUCCUGUUGAAAAUCGUUCAGAAAUUGGACAGACACAGGAAUUAAAUGAUAUCUCCAAAUAUUUUAAUUCGUUUAAAUUUCCUGAUCAAUUUCUUGAAAUGGCUUCAAAUUUUCAUUUUCUCCUAUUCUUAUAUACAAACAAUUUUGUUCCAUUUUCAAAAGAAGAAAUUAAAAAUUUGGCUCAAAUUGUUGUUAAAAAAGAUGAAAAUGAAGCUAAAAAAUGGUUACAAGAAAGUACAAAUUUUGCAACAUUAAUUAUGUUAAUUGGAGAAAUUGGAAAGCAAAUACCUCGAACAAAAAUUAAAACAACAACAACUACAAGUCAAACAAAUAAUAAUGUUGUUGCUGGUGGUGUUGGGGCUGCUGGGGGAAGUAGUAGUGGAAAUAAUAAUGAAGCUAGUGGACAACAACAACAACCUGAAUGGACUUGCAAGCAUUGUUAGUUUGGGGUUUUGGGGAUAUUUUUGGGGAUAUUUGGGAGGAUUUUGGGGAUAAUAUCUUCAGGGAUUUUUUGGAGUUAUAAUUAUAAAUUUUGGGAUUAAUAAAAUGUUAAUGAAUUAAUUUCCAUCUCCCGCCCGCUCCCAUCGCCAUCAAUCUGAGCACUGACACUGUCCCUUUCCCCAAUUAAUCCUCUGGCUUUUACUAGGCGCUGUUGGGUCCUGCCCUGUUCAUGUACAUUCCCCAAUAUCAGGGUCCUAAAAGUAUUUGU